CAUUUACAGCACAGCAAAUAAACAUAUAACACUACCUUACAAUGGAACUUACAUUUCUGUUACUCGUCUCCUUCAACGUGGCGCUACAAAUCGUGUGUGCUCAGGAUUACUGUGAUUCGUCGUAUUGUGGAUCCAGAAAGCACAUAGCUUGCAACAACAAUGGGGCAUUCGCAGCGUCCUGCCAAAGUCCAGCCAUGGUCACUUUUACACAGGCAGAGAAAAACUCGAUUGUCGAUGCGCACAAUGCCAAACGUAACACCGUGGCUGGCGGCAAGACAGCGCUGAAAACAGCCUGUCGCAUGGCCACCAUGCAGUGGGACGACGAAUUGGCCAAACUAGCGGCAUUCAAUGUCAAACAAUGUCAGAUGAAGCACGACUCCUGUCGCAAUACGAAGACCUUCAAGCACUCCGGUCAGAAUUUGGCACGGAGAUCUUUCAAUAGCUCGCCGAAUAUAACGCAAUUGUCAUUACUAUCUGUGGAUGCGUGGUAUAAUGAGAUUAAGGAUACCAAAAUGGAGUAUAUGAAUGCGUAUCCGAGUAGCUAUAAGGGACCCGCAAUCGGACAUUUCACCGUUAUGGUGGCAGAUCGUAAUAUUCGCGUAGGCUGCGCUGCUUCCACUUACGGCGUAUCGGGUCAUCGAUAUACAGCAUUCUUGUUUGCCUGUAAUUAUGCAACAACAAAUAUGGUAAAUUUCCCGAUUUAUAAGAGUUGUUCGGUAGCAGCUUCGCAAUGCACGACUGGUAAAAAUCCGUCAUACACUAGUCUUUGUUCGGCCUCCGAAAAGUACGAUGUUAACAAAUUUGUUUAAAAGCGUGUAAUUCUAAAUGGAAUUCCGAUUUUGUUAUGUUUAAUAAGUCGAUAAAAUUAGGUUGAUAUAUAAUUAAUAUAUGUA